AUGGACAUCACCGAGGAUCUUCAGGAAGUUUUCUUGGAUUUUCGUGCCGACCAACUUGCGGAAUGCUUUUCAUCGUCGUCCGGAUGGAACUACAGAAUAGCUUCAAUGGCAUCCUUUUUUGAAGACUGUGCUUCACGGUAUGAUAUGCUUCUUGAGGAUGAUGACAAAAUUGGUCCAGUGUGCUUUCUGGACUUCAUUAAGAAGCAAUUUGAUGCAACAGCAAUAGCUCUGAAAAAAUGCAUAAUGAAUUUGUGGCUUCACCUUCCUGGAAGGUACUUUUCUCAUGAUAGUGUCAUAAAUAUAUCUACGUUGCUUGAUAUGCUGGAAAAAUUUGGCGCCCUUCUGUGCAACAUAGACUUGACCGAUGAGGGCUUGAAAAGGGGCCUUGGUUGUCUAUCAACUGAAAACUCUGUUUGUGCAAAGCCUAUAUCUUCAAUUGAGAAGGAACUUGAUGGAGCAAGGUUUACAUGCCUUAAGUUGCUUAAAGAUCUGCUACACUCGCUUAACUUACCCACUGGAGUAGACAAAAACUGGGUCAAGAACUACUGCAUACGUAAUGCAACACUUCUUUUCUGUACUGCCUCUAGUUCUUAUCGGUUACAUCACAUGGAUAUUGCACCCCUCGAUGUAUUAAUUGUUGAUGAGGCUUCUCAAGUGCGGGAGUGUGAAUUGGUGAUCUCAUUACGGCUACAUUGGCUAGAACAUGUUGUUUUGGUAGGGGAUGACUGUCAGCUGAGUGCGAUAGUUAAAAGCAAAGUAUGUAAAGAAGCUGGAUUUGGAACAAGUCUUUUUGGGAGACUGGUUACGCUAAAAUUUGAAAAACAUUUGCUGAACAUACAGUAUCGCAUGAAUCCUUGUAUCAGCUUAUUUCCAAAUGCUCAGUUUUAUGAGAGGAAGAUUUUAGAUAGUUCCAGUGUCCUGUCUCCUAGCUAUAAUAAGGAUUACAGAUGCCUCCCUUUUGGCAGCUACACAUUUAUAAAUGUCAUUGAUGGAAGAGAAGUCAUGGUGGGCAUGGGAAACAGUCGGAGAAACAUGGUUGAAGUUGCUAUUGUUUUGCACCGAAUCCAUACCAUCUUUAAAUCUUGGAAAAAGACAGGCCAAGGUUUCAGCAUCGGCGUGGUUUCUCCAUAUAAUGCUCAAGUUGAUGCAAUUAAAAUUAGACUUGGCAAAAAAUACGAUGCAUGUGAUGGCUUUCAUGUGCAGGUGAAGUCCAUUGAUGGUUUCCAAGGAGAAGAGGACGAUAUAAUAAUACUAUCAACUGUUAGAUCCAAUGGGAGAGGAGCUGUUGGAUUUCUUGCUGAUAACCAAAGAACAAAUGUCGCUCUUACUAGAGCAAGGCACUGUCUUUGGAUUGCUGGGAAUGCUCAUACAUUGUAUAAAAGUGGGACCGAAUGGACAGACCUUGUUGCUGAUGCAGAAAUACGUAAAUGUGUUUUCAGUGUGACUAAUGACGCAAUCAUCUGUAGGUUGGUUUUGCAAGUAAAGCAAGAGCUUGAUGAACUUGAUGAUCUUCUGAAUGCUGAUUCUGUGGUUUUCAGCAAUACCAGAUGGAAGGUCAUUCUUAGCGAAGAGUUUAGGAAGUCUUUUACCAAACUAAAAUCAACACAGCUCAGGAGGGAAGUACUCCAAAAGCUUAUCAAACUUGGAGGUGGUUGGAGGGCAACAGUUAAGAACCUUGAUAUACCUGGUGUUUCUCAUCUUGCAAAAGUAUACAAGGUUAGGGAUCUGCAUCUUGUAUGGAGUACUGACAUGGAGAAAACCGAAAGAAGGUAUUUCCAGAUAAUAAAAAUUUGGGACCUACUGUCACAGCAAAAUGUUGGAAGAACUGUUCAACGUCUCGAGAAUUUGUUUUCCAUGUACACGGAUGAUUACCUGGAUCACUGCAGGAGAGUGCAGACACAGGGGAAACUGGAGGUUCCUAAGGUUUGGGAUGUUGAGCAUGAUAUUAUUCGCUAUAACAUGGAUUUCAAAUUUGAUGCUCAUAAAGAGCAUGAUCUCGUGGAUACAUCAUAUGCCAUGGAGAAUUCAAAAGUUAAUGAAAGCUUCUUGCUGAUGAAGUUCUACUCAUUAUCAUCUGGAAUGGCAAAGCAUUUGCUGACAGCUACUGAUGGGUCUGAAAUCAACAUCCCCUUUGAACUGAGUGAUGAAGAAAAGGUGAUAAUCCAAUUCCCGCUCACUAGUUUUAUACUUGGGAGGUCGGGCACCGGAAAAACCACUGUAUUAACAAUGAAACUGAUUCAAAAAGAGAAACUGACAUUGAUCGCAUCCCAAGGUCUAAAUUUGGAUGGAGCUGAUUUGUCUGUGGCAGGUGACAAUAAUAUUAUGCCACUAAAGAAUGUAGGAGAAAGUUAUGUGAAACAACUAUUUAUCACUGUGAGCCCAAAGUUAUGUUCAGCCAUAAAAGAUCACAUCUGCAGACUUAAAAGAUUUGGCACUGGUGAUGUCUCUGAUCAGCCAAGCAUUCUUUGCAUGCAUGACAUCAUGGAUGACCUGGAAGAGUUUACAGAAAUUCCUGACAAUUUUUGUGAUCUACCUCAUGAGCAAUAUCCUCUUACUAUAACAUAUCGUAAGUUCUUGAUGAUGCUUGAUGGCACAUGCCGGACAUCAUUUUUCGAUGCAUUUUAUGGUGAAAUGAAGUCUAACUUUGAGAGAGGCCAUUCAAGAUCUCGUGCAGUGCAAACUUUUAUUGAAUUGAAUGAAGUUACGUACGAAAAAUUUGCUACUUUCUACUGGUCUCGUUUUAAUAAAGAUCUGACCAAGAAAUUUGAUGCGUCCACUGUCUUCACUGAAAUAGUUUCUCACAUUGAGGGCGCAUAUCCAGCAAGUGGGCCUUAUACUGGCAAACUGGGAAGACAAGAUUAUGUCAUGCUCUCAGAUAAAAGAUUUUCAUCUUUGAACAAAGAGAAAAGAAAUAAAGUUUAUGAUAUAUUCCUUCAAUAUGAGAGUAUGAAAUGCACUGCCAGGGAGUUUGAUUUGUCAGAUUUUGUCAGUAGUCUUCACAGUAGUCUUGCAUCUGAGUGCUACAAUGGAGAUAUGGUGGAUUUAGUUUACAUAGAUGAGGUACAGGAUCUGACAAUGACACAAAUAGCACUUCUUAAGUAUGUCUGCAGGAACAUGAAGGAAGGCUUCCUUUUUGCUGGUGACACUGCACAGACUACAGCAAGGGGUAUUGAUUUUAGGUUUGAAGAUAUCCGUUCACUCUUUUAUACUGCAUUCCUCGCAGAAACUGAAGAAUUUAAUCAAGGACUUAAACAUGGGGUCCAUCUCUCUGAUAUGUUCCAAUUGUCUCAAAAUUUCCGCACACAUUGUGGCAUCCUCCGUAUGGCACAAAGUAUCAUGAGCCUUCUGUGCUUCUUUUUUCCAUCAAGUGUUGACAGGCUUAAUCCAGAGACUGGACUUGUAUAUGGAGAAGCUCCUGUGCUGCUGGAGUCCGAUAACGAUGAAAAUGCAAUUAUGAGUAUUUUUGGAGAAAGCAAAAGUAAACAUGGUAAUCUGCAUGGCUUUGGUGCUGAGCAAGUCAUAUUAGUUCGUGAUGAUGCUACCAAAAAACAAAUUAUUGAUCUUAUUGGUAAACAAGCUCUUGUUUUGACUAUUGUUGAAUGUAAAGGCCUUGAGUUUCAGGAUGUGCUGUUGUACAACUUUUUUGGUUCGUCGCCUUUAAGAAAUAAAUGGAGAGUUCUGUAUGGCUACAUGAAAGAUAAAGAUAUUAUAGCACACUCCGAGGGGAUCUCUCACCCAGAUUUCGACAGAAGCAAGCAUUAUCUACUCUGUUCAGAGCUGAAGCAACUCUAUGUUGCAAUCACACGCACUAGGCAAAGAUUGUGGAUAUGUGAAAAUACAGAGGAUUACUGUCGACCAAUGUUUGAGUACUGGAAGAAGUUGUGUCUUGUAGAAGUUAGAUUACUUGAUUCUUCCCUCAUCCAGGCCAUGAAGACAGGGAGCAGCAAUGAUGAUUGGAGGCUACGGGGAACCAAGUUAUUCAAUGAGGGGCAAUUCGAGAUGGCUACUAUGUGUUUCGAAAAGGCUGGUGAUGCACACAGAGAGAAGUGGGCAAGAGCUGCUGGACUUGUAGCAACUGCUGACCGUGCCAUCUCCACAAAUUUGGAGUUAGGCAAGGCUUCAUUGCAAACAGCAUCAGAAAUUUACGAGGCCAUAGGAAUGCAUGAGAAAGCUGCUAUGUGCUAUAUCAAAUUAGGGGACUACAAAAGAGCAGGUAUGGUGUACAUGCAAAAAUGUGGUACUUCUAGACUUGAGGAUGCUGGUGACUGUUUCGCUAGGGCUGAAUGCUGGUCAGAGGCAGCUGAAUGCUGGUCGGAGGCAGCUGAAGUGUUCUUCAAAGCUAAAUGUUACACCAAGUGUUUCUCCAUGUGCUCAAAAGGAAAGCAGUUAUUCAAUCUGGGCUUGCAGUUUCUGCACCAAUUGGAGGAGGAACAUUCGCUUGAGAAUUCAGAACCCUUGGAGGUUUCUACAAUUAGAUCGAAGUAUCUGGAUAUUUGUGCUCAACAUUAUUUUGAGUGUGGUGACAUAAAGCAUAUGAUGCCUUUUGUUAAGGCUUUUAGUUCUACGGAUCAUGUACAUGCAUUCUUAAAGUCUAGGAAUCUUCUUGAUGAACUGUUUAGUUUAGAGAUGGAAAUGUGUAAUUUCAUUGAAGCUGCAGGAAUAGCAAGGCAUAAAGGAGAUGCCUUGCUGGAGGUGAAAAUGCUUGAGAAGGCAGAUUUGUUUGAGGAUGCAACGCGGCUUCUCCUCCUCCACAUCACUGUAAAUUCCUUCUGGUCUUUAAAUAAUAAAGGGUGGCCUCCCAAAAGAAAUCCAGAGAAGGAACAGUUGCUUGCAGAAGCCAAAGAGAUGGCGAAGAAGGUCUCUGAUUGCUUCUACUCCUUUGUUUGCCUGGAAGCUGAUGCACUGUCAGAUGUGAUAAAGUCUCUUCCCAAUUUAAUUUGCACUUUGCUUGAGGGCAGAAAAUGUGGAAACUUGUUUGUCGAAUUUAUUGCUUCUCGUUUGAUCAUUGAUGUUCAUCUUCAGUCUCGAACCUCUGCAUACAAUUUAGAGAGAGGGCCAGGAUCUGAAGAUGAAAAUAGUUGUAAUGAUAUGCUGGCUUCUAACCAGAUGUCACCCCAUACUCUGUUUUAUGUCUGGAAUCACUGGAAGUCGAUCAUACUCAAAGUACUAUCUCAUCUUCGCCACACUGAUGGUCCAGAAUUAAAUGAUUACACAGUUAUGCAUGAAGAACUUUUCGCCAAGUACUUUGGAUUGAGAAAAGAUGAUGAAGUUGACAGAUAUGUGGUGCUUAACAAGAAUGCAAGUUGGCUUUCUAAUGCUGGCAGAAGUUCUUUGCAGCAAGAUGGCAACAGAUGUUUAUUGGAUGCUCCUCAGUGUCAUUUAUGUGCUAAGUAUUUCUGGGUGAAUGAGCUGUAUUCUGUUGGUUUCAGUGUACUUAAGAAGUUGGAGCCAUUAGUUCACAUUUCUCCAAAGCCACAAUCUUUGUAUACCCUGGUGAGAACAAACGUUAUUAUAAAUGAGAUAGCAAAGUUUUUGGAAGAACCACAGUUCGGUAUGCCAAAUAUGAAGUUAAAAAGCUUCUUUGUUCUCUGUGAGCGUCGCUUCUUUGAGUUAGUUUUUCUUACGUGGAGAGAUGGGACAACAAGGAGCCUCUUGCGUAGAUUUGACUCACCAGCUACAUAUGGAUUGAUUGCUGAUUCUCUUAGUUCACAUCUUCGGCGAACAGAUAAUAAUUUGACUCAUGGGCAUCUUGGGAGAACAACCAUGCUUCUGCUUCAUGCAGCACGAUUGGAUGAUGCGCUACUUUCAAGACUACUACAUUACCUGGACAACAAUUCCAAGUGGGCAGGUUUUUAUCGAUGUUUUAAGAGAUUUGUUGAUACUGGUGCUGAUAGAUCCCACUUGAUCUUGAACUUUGAGCUUGCUCUUGAAUUUACAUUCAGUUCUGUGAUAUGGAGGGAUGAACUGGACUAUAUAUCCCCAAUAUGCUAUGUGGGUCUGAUGGAGUGCCUUGGUUUCAUGGCUUCAUCAUACCUUCUACAGAAAGGUUGUAUAUACUGCACGAAGUCUGUGUUGGUCAAUAUGCUGGAGUGCCGUACCAGCAAGUUUUACCUUGACACCUGCCUGGCAUCUAAUUCGAGCCCAGAUGAUGAUCUUGAUCGUAUGGCACACUCAUCAGGGCGUUUCAUAUUUUAUACAAUUAUGACUAUGUUGACAAACAAGGAUAUGCUAUGGGAGUGGGUACAGAAGACGGCAACUCCUAGUUCAUACUCCGAGGUCCUCCUGAGACUAGUGGUCACACUUUAUACACUGAUUCUAACUCAUGGUCUUGUGUUCAAAAGAAUAACUAAUGAUCUGCGGAAUUGCUAUGAACUCACAAAUACUCUUCAGCGGUGCGGAGUCUUUGAGCAUUUGCCUUUGGAGUUCUCUGAGAAGAUGGUGCAUGUUUUGCAAAUAAGGCCUCGCACGCCGAGCAACUUCACAAGAAUGCUUGCUGAUGCACUGGACGCAGUCGGAGAUCCUAUGGUAGUUAUGGUAGGCUCACCCAAACUCCCAGCAAUCUGUCGGAACAUAAAUGCUUAUAUGAUUAUUAAGGAGGAUUUGUAUGAUGUUCUGAAGAUAAUGGCUCUUCUUCGUCCUGGGGAGCCAAGUUGUGUAAAGCAAGAGGCUGCACUGCCAGAAAAAUCUGAUGUUAACAAAAACAUUCCCAAGGCUGUACAAGAUAAUAAGGCGGAGAGUAAAGGUGAAAUAGAUUUAAGUGAUGAGAAUACCCCCUUCUGGGAUAAGUUUGAGACGUUUCAAGUCAACAAGCAAGGCCAGAAAGAUGCAAGGUUCAUUGUUCAAUUCCUUAGGAAUGCCCUCUCACGGCUGGAGCAAACACGCUUCCAAGAAAAGAUUGAUGCACAGUUGUUGGAAGAGUUCAGGCACAUCUGCAGGGAGUUCGAAGAACGUUCUGCCAGUGCCAGGUAA